CAUCUAGAAGUUCGAAAUCUGUGAAUUACAAUGAAAGCUGCUUGACAAAUACAAACAUUUGGACGGUAUUGUGUAGUGUAUUGUACUGUAGUGGCAGCUACGUCAAGUUACACGACUCUUUACAGAGUCAAAGCAGCUCGCUUGAAUUUACCAAUUCGUAAUCCGACAGUAGUUAUUUGGAAAGCGAUUUACGAUAUUUCAGGAUGGGAGUGAUAUUCUUGGAACACAUCGGAGGUACUCGGUUGUUUUCUUGUGCUUCUUGUGACACCAAUCUUACAAACAGAGGUCAGCUGAUAAGCACGCGUUUUACUGGCGCUACAGGCCGUGCUUUUCUAUUUAACAAAGUCGUCAACUUGAAUUACAGCGAGGUACAGGAUAGAGUGAUGUUGACGGGUCGUCACAUGGUCCGAGAUGUCAGCUGCAAAAACUGUGAAGCUAAGCUUGGGUGGGUGUAUGAAUUUGCCACAGACGAUAAUCAACGAUACAAAGAAGGCCGUGUCAUCCUGGAACGUGCUUUGGUCACAGAAAGCGAUGGAAUGGGGGACAAUAUUUAAUAGCGUACAACAAGUAGCACAUCAUAGGAUAAGAAUACUUUAUAUAUAGACAGUGUAAAAUCAGUUGUUCUUCUUCUCAGUGUUCCUUCAUCAUUUGGAGUAAUCAAAAAAGAGAGAAAAAAAAAGAAAUUGUAUGAGUGUAUGCUAAUUUAUAUUUAAUAUCCAAUAUUUUUAUAAACAUGAAACAUACUUUAUUUUAUGCUAUUACAUAUUUCUAAUAAUCUGCAUUAUUUUUUAAAAGUUAUUUUUCAUUUGAAUAUGUAUAUUAUGCUAAGUCUGACUUAAAAUAAAGAACCAGUCUACUAC